GACAAGCAAUUCUUUCUCUCUCCAAAUCUAGAAGUCAAUCGUGCUUGUCCUCCUUGAGCUAAGGCCAUUUGGCGACUUGCACUAAAUAAAUAAUAAAAUGGCAUCAAAGGCUGAAUUAGCUUGUGUUUACUCCGCUCUCAUCCUUGUUGAUGAUGAUGUCGCUGUCACUGGCGAAAAAAUCUCCACCAUCUUGAAGGCGGCAAACGUUGACGUUGAGCCUUACUGGCCUGGUUUGUUCGCUAAAGCUCUCGAAGGCGUCAAUGUACGUGAUUUGAUCACAAACAUCGGCUCUGGUGUUGGAGCGGCGCCCGCUGGUGGUGUUCCCGCCGCAGCUGCCGCCGCAGCACCAGCUGCUGAAGCCGCCAAGGAAGAGAAGAAGGAAGAAGAACCUGAAGAAUCUGAUGAUGACAUGGGCUUCGGUCUUUUCGACUAAAAAGCUUUUUAUAAAGGCUUUGGUAUUCCAUUGUGAGCUUUAUGAAGCUUGUUUAGUUGUAAGGAAACUUUAAUAAAAAAGUAUAUAAAAAGAGAAAAGCUAA